GGCCUUAGUGAUCUUGUCCACCCCCCUGCCCCUUUUUAACGGGUUGGGGAAAUGGACGCCUGGAGAACGGAAAUCCAGUUAUCAAAAUUGACUCCAGAAGAGAGAACCUAACAGACCAAUAACAAUGGAAGAAAUUGGGAAAGUUAUCAAAAAGCUGUCAUCUGACAAAACACCAAGCCCAGAUGGUGUUACAGGUUAAAAAAAAAUUCUUCAUGAAGAAUAAAAAAUCUUAAGCAACAUGAUGGAUUCAGAAGCUCAUGAAAAGAGGCCACCAAUUCUAAAAUCUUCAAAACAAGAUGUAUCACCUCACAUUACCAAUGUUGGUGAAAUGAAGCAUUACUUGUGUGGCUGCUGUGCAGCUUUCAACAAUGUAGCGAUCACAUUUCCUAUUCAGAAGGUCCUUUUUCGGCAACAGCUAUAUGGCAUCAAAACCCGGGAUGCAGUACUUCAGUUGAGGAGGGAUGGAUUUCGAAACUUGUAUCGCGGAAUCCUUCCCCCGUUAAUGCAGAAAACAACUACACUGGCACUUAUGUUUGGUCUGUAUGAGGAUUUAUCCUGCCUUCUCCGCAAGCAUGUCAGUGCUCCAGAGUUUGCAACCCGCAGCGUGGCGGCAGUACUGGCAGGGACAACAGAAGCCAUCUUCACUCCGUUAGAAAGAGUUCAGACGUUGCUUCAAGACCACAAGCAUCAUGACAAAUUUACAAACACUUAUCAGGCUUUCAAGGCACUGAAAUGCCACGGAAUUGGAGAGUAUUAUCGAGGCUUGGUGCCCAUUCUUUUCCGCAAUGGACUCAGCAAUGUCUUUUUUUUUGGCCUUCGAGGUCCCAUUAAGGAGCAUCUGCCUACUGCAACGACUCACAGUGCUCAUUUGGUCAACGAUUUUAUCUGUGGAGGUCUUUUGGGUGCCAUGUUGGGAUUCUUGUUUUUUCCAAUUAAUGUUGUAAAAACUCGCAUACAGUCUCAGAUUGGUGGGGAAUUUCAGUCUUUCUCCAAGGUCUUCAAAAAAAUCUGGCUAGAACGGGACAGGAAACUGACAAAUCUUUUCAGGGGCGCCCAUCUGAAUUACCAUCGGUCUCUCAUCUCUUGGGGCAUAAUCAAUGCAACUUACGAGUUCUUGUUAAAGGUUAUAUGAAAAAAAUCAUCAGUUAAGUGCCAUUUGUCAACUGAAUGCCUAAGAAGAA